GCCAUCAUUACACGUACUCUAUAAACUUGUAGAUCUCAGUACAUAGAUCUACACAAUGGUCGUGUAAAAUUAAAUAAUCGGCCACAGUGACUCUAAUAAAGGAUAGCUUUUACAAAAGUUAUGAUCAUAGUUUUAUUCUUUAAAAUUAUGCAAAACUUAACACUGGCUUUUGAAUAUUAUUCGAAACGUUACGUUGUAGGCGUAGUAUAUUGAAUAUAUGUAUAUUAUGUGAAUACUAUAGGUAUAUACGAGAAAAGUAUUUAAUCAAAAGCUAAAGAACUCGUAUAUUUUGAAAAAAAAGAAUUUCAUGGUAUACGUCAAGCUUUGCUGCCACUCUACUUUUACCAACAGCUGCAACGUGCAGAGACUGUUUGGCGGUAUUGAUAUUUUUUAAAGUUACUUUUGCUUUGUGAAGAGAAUUUUCACAACGAAUUUAACAGUGUUCUAAGAAAAUGAAGCUUUUAACUCAUAACAUGUUAACAUCCAAGUGCCUCAAAGGUGUGACUGUUGGAUAUCCCUUGGGAAUUGUGGCAAAGGACAUUAAACUGUGUGUGGUAGAUUUUAAUUCUGAAUUCAUUGCAAGAAUAAUACCAAAACUGGACUGGGCUACACUUUGGAAAGCUGCAGAUAGUAUAGGACAUGUUGGUGAACUUCCUCAAACACUUAUUCAAGACUUUGAGACGAACGAAGAGUUUUUAAAGAAAGUUCAUCAUGUGCUGCUAGAGGUUGAUGUUAUAAACGGCGAUUUAUUAUGUCCAGAAUCAGGCAGAAAAUUUCCAAUUAAUGACGGCAUACCUAAUAUGCUACUAAAUGAAGAUGAGGUUUAAAAUCUUACAUAAGACAUACACAGCUCGAUUUACUGGUAAAUGCCACUUGACAGAAACUCAUGUGUCAUAUUCUCUAAACCAAACCACAAUUUUGUUAUGCAAAUAGUGAAUGUAUUAAGCAUAUACACACUUUGUAAAGUCCUUUUUUAAUAUAUGUUUUUUAUGUUGUUAAA